ACAAGUGUGAAAAUAAAUGUCAAGGUGAUUAUGUGAGCUGAGGUAUGUAUUCUCGAGGAAAUCCUGGAGUCUAGUUACAAAUUGUUUAGUGAAUGCAUCAAUUUUUGGAGAGACUCAGAAAUCAUUCAAAUUUCGAUAUUUCGUCGAUAAUAUUUAUUAAAUAAAUUAAUAUUUAUUAAUGAAUUUAUGUUCAUCAAUGAAUUACUAAUCAGUCAUUAAUAAAUUACUAAUCAGUCAUUAAUGAAUUGAUUAACAUGCAUUUUUUUUUAGUAUGAAACUGAAAAAGAGAAAUUUAAAUAAAUAAAUUCGUAUAUAUUUCAUCAGAUUUGUGAUUGUUUAAAUAAUUGUCACCACAAAUUAAAUGGAGGCGACGGACGAAAACUCUGAGACGGAAUUCGAUGAUCAUGAUGUCAUAACGGAAUUACCAGUGGAUAAUCAGAAGGAGAAGAAAAUUCCACGUGGAAAAUCGAUUUUUUUCAAUGGUUUCACCCAGAUUUUGAAAAGACUAUGGAAGUUAAGUCAAACGGAUGUCGAUGGGACUUUUUUCGUGGAAUACCUAGAUAAGGUCAUCGAGAUAUUCCUGAUCCCCUGUCAUGUGCUCAUGUAUUUUACAGAUAAUCAUUACCUCAGAAAAAUUGCGAGGAUAACGAUUCAGUUAUCUUUGGAGGCAUUCCUUUAUGUUUUAUUUGCUGGUGCAUCGAUAUUCAUAGUUGUAAUUCUCAAUCUCGAGGAACAAUUUCUACAUCGGAGAAAUGAUGAUGAAGCCAAUGACGAUGUAAUAUCUGGAAAAAUCGUAGGAGUAGAUCAGGGAAGGACGAGACAGCCUCAGCAAAAUUACCCACCGAGAUAUCCUUCCCAGCAGAUUCCAUAUUAUCCUCAACAACCAAAUCAAUUUCCACAACAACCACCAGUUCAGAGGCAGCAAAAUCAGCCCAACACGCUCAAUACAGAAUGGGUCUGCACAGAUCCUAAAACAGGAACAACCAUGAUAAUUGCGACUGAUGGUGUGAGGCAGCCAGUGAAUCGUAAUCAGGAUAAAUCUUAUCAGGACAACCCGUGGCUGCAGAAUCUCCCGAAAGAUUGGAAUCGUCAGCCCAAUCUCGAUAGACCCAAUGGUAUUCAGUCUACACCUUCACCCAUCAUCACGACUGUUCCUUCAACAACUUCUUCGACAAAAGCUCCUUUCCCCAGUUUAGAUAAUUUCGACUGGACUCAAUUUCUUGAUAAAACAACAAAACAACCGCCCACCGAUGGAGAAGGAAUUCUUGAACCUCGAGGCGGCAGUCGCUGAUGGAAAAUUAAAUAAAUCUCAGGCAUUAACUCUUCAGGUUGAUUACUGUAACUGGAGUAAUUAAAAUUAUUACAGAUAAACUAGGAGACGAACUGAAUGUUUUGAAUGAUUCAGAAAAUUUAUGUGAGUCAUGAAAUGUACGUAAUUAAUGUUCAAAUUAAUAAAUAAUAGUAAAACAAU